UCCCCUUGCUUUGCAUUUACCAACCAGCCCAUAAUAUAGAGGGCAACAGACAGACAGCAAGUUUCACUUUGUUAUAUAUACAACCACUCCCAUCACCACUGAAAUAUCAAUCAGACUACAAAAGCAUCAUAGUGCAGCCAUGCUAUUCUCUAGCACAAACUACUUUCAGCACUUCUGCAGCGAUGGCUUCCAAUCGGGAAACGGGGCAUACAGUCCACACAGUGAUCUUUUGCCAUCACUUGGGGCAACAAUAAACAAUACAAUUAAGCUCAGGAAACACAUUGUUUCGCCAUAUGAUCCUCGUUACAGAUUGUGGGAGAUGUUUCUGAUACUCCUGGUUCUCUACUCAGCCUGGAUCUGCCCAUUUGAGUUUGCAUUUCUAAGAUACCUGCCAAGCACAAUCUUUCUUGUGGACAACAUAGUCAAUAGUUUUUUUGCAAUUGACAUUGUACUUACCUUCUUUGUUGCUUUCAUCGACCACAAAUCCUAUCUCCUUGUUGAUGAUCCAAAAAGAAUAGCGAUCAGGUACCUGUCCACAUGGUUCAUGUUUGAUGUAUGUUCGACAUUUCCCUUUCAAACAAUCAGCUUCUUCUUCAAUAGACAUGGUAAUAGCCUUGGCUUUAAACUUCUAAGUAUGCUUAGGCUGUGGCGGCUGCAUCGUGUCAGUUCCCUGUUUGCUAGACUUGAGAAGGAUAUUCGGUUGAAUUAUUUCUGGACACGGUGCACAAAGCUUUUCUCUGUGACUCUUUUCACGGUUCACUGUUCUGGAUGCUUUAACUAUAUGAUUGCCGAUAGAUACCCUGACCCAGGAAGAACCUGGAUCGGUGCAGUGAUACCAAACUUCAGGGAAGAUAGCCUGUGGAGCAGAUAUGUAACAUCGAUAUACUGGUCAAUUACAACACUAACAACUACGGGUUAUGGUGAUUUGCAUGCUGAAAACACAAGAGAAAUGCUAUUUGAUAUUUUCUACAUGUUCUUCAAUCUGGGUUUGACAGCUUACCUCAUUGGAAAUAUGACGAACCUUGUUGUCCAUGGGACUAGUCGCACAAAAAGCUUUAGGGACACCAUUCACGCUGCUUCUGAAUUUGCAUCAAGAAAUAAGCUACCAAAACACAUAGGGGAACAGAUGCUAUCUCACAUAUGCUUAAGAUUCAAGACAGAGGAACUCAAACAGCAAGAGACUCUUGAUGGUCUCCCAAAGGCCAUUCGCUCAAGCAUCGCUGAAUGUCUAUUCUUUCCCAUUGUUCGAAGAGUAUAUCUUUUCCAGGAGGUCUCCUACAAUCUCAUUUUUCAACUGGUGACAGAAAUGCAAGCGGAGUAUUUUCCACCAAAAGAAGAUGUGAUACUUCAGAAUGAAGCCCCAACAGAACUAUAUAUAGUAGUAUCGGGAACAGUGGAGAUGAGAACACAUGUGGAUGGGGUUGACAAGGUUCAUGAGAGGGUAACUGCAGGGGAAGUAUUUGGGGAGAUAGGAGUUCUCUGUCACAUACCACAGCCAUUCACCAUAAGAACCAUUGAACUUGCACAAAUUCUCAGGCUGAGCAGGUCUGUAUUUUUCAGCACUAUUCGAGAAAGCAAACAGGAUGCAACUAUUGUCAUGAGAAAUCUUUUCCAGAAGUUAAGGCUACAUGCAAGGUUAUAUCCCGGAGUACAGCAAAAUGACCCAGGAGCACUCCUCAAAGAAUGGUUUGACAUAGGACCAACGAACAUGAACGGGAACCAUGCUCAAGAUGGAGUUAAUAAUCAAGUUCAGAACCUACAUGCACUAGAACAGAUGGAUGGAGGAAACUUGCUAUCUGAGGCAGAAAAUAACAAGGAUAUCAGCAUUGUUGAUGAACUUCCAAUUGGUCAGGCCAAUCCAAAAGUAGACCAUGCUGAUCAACAAACUGGGUUCCCUACAUGGGGAGGACACAACAAAACCAACAACAUUCCACUCAAACAAGCAGAAGCAGUUGACAAAGCUGAUAGUAUCAGGUGGAGACAAAAAGACAAACAUGAGAAAUAUGACAAUGAGGGUGCAUUUGAGCUUUUAUCAAGUAUUGGACACAGGAAAAGCUUCCUUGGAGAACAUGAACUAGAAUCUGUUGACAUGAUAGCAUCUGAAAAUGGAAUUAACUUUAAGAGCCAUGGCAGCAGGGAAAGGAAUUCCUGGUAUCAUUAUCCAAAUAUUAAUCAAAUGUUGAUAACUUCUUAUUUACAAAGUGGCAGCCAUGUUUCAGAGAACAAUAUCAUGAAACUAUCUAGCAAAAGAGUGACCAUUCAAAUGUACUCUCAAAAGGAAAAUCCAGCAAGACAGCCAACUGCAAAGAUGAUAAAAUUACCUGGCACCAUGGAGGAGCUCCUAAGAAUUGGCGGUGAGAAGUUUGUGGGACAUCAUCCUACAAAAGUGAUCAACCAAGAGAAAGCAGAAAUUGAUGAUAUUAGUGUAGUUCGUGAUGGGGAUCAUUUAUAUUUCCUAGAGAUUUAGGAGUAAUAGCAAGACUGUCAGAAAGGUUAUGACCCAUUUAAGAUUCAACGCAAAGGCAUUGUUCCCACACAUUUAAAGAUGUAAAGUUGAGCAAUGUUUAUGAUAAAUGCCAGACUAUGUCACAAUUUCCAACUAAAUUAUCUUUGCUUGUAAUAACUAAAUGAAUAGUUGCUAUUAGACUAUAUGAUCUAUGCAUUCUUGAAGAUUAUUCCUUGUGGGCAA